CAGCAAACCAGGAGGGGUGCCCUGCCCCACACCUGCAACCUAUGGACCCUGACCAAGCAAUAAUGCAGAGCCGCCACCACUCCAACCACAACCACGCCCUCUUCUUCCUCCUCCACCCCUUUUGCUGGCUGCUGCCUGGUGUGGUGAUUAGAAGACGGGUCGGAUUACCCACUGUGAUUGAUUAGCGAGGCCCCGGCCAUCCUUUUCCGGGCCUUCAAAUACCUGUCCCCGCGCCACCUUCCCCCUCACUCCAACCAGACAGGAUAGUUGUUCCACAUCCACAUCGACACCACAGGCCGCAGGCGCAGCUAGGCUAGCUGCCCGCGCGCUCGAGCUUCUUCAAGUAUCUCACCGACGAAGCCGGAGCAAGAGACGGUGGGAGAGGAGCCGAGGGAAGAAAUGGCGCCCGCCGGGAAGCAGCAGCAGCAGCAGGGCCAGGGCGCGGUGGUGGCGGCGGAGCCGGGCGCGGCGCGGCGGCUGUGGCGCGUGGUGCGCGCCGUGCUGUACAUGCUGCGCCGGGGCCUGCCGUCGGGCCGCAAGCUCGCCAUGGACCUCAGCCUCCUCCUCCACCGCGGCAAGAUCGCGGGGAAGGCGCUCGGCGAGCUCUUCCUCGCCUUCCACCACGGCCGCCACGGCGCCGCCUUCCCCUACGCCGGCGGCGCCGGGCACGGGGCCUUCUCGUGCCGCGCGCUCGACCCGAGCCUCGCGGUCCACGAGCCCGCGCCGCGGGGGCGGCGCGAGGUCGAGUUCAGCUGCAGCAACACCCCCUCCGCCGGCCCCUCCAGAAGCGGCGGGGGGCUCGGCCUCCUCGGCGCCGGCAAGCGCCGCCGCCGCGGCACCCACCACGACGACAGCGCCUCCGGCGGCUACCUGCAGCACAGCACCUACUACGACGCGGCCGAGGUGGCCCGGGUGUUCGAGAUGCUCAACGGCGACGACGGCGACCACUGCUACCGCGCCUUCAUCAGCGACGACGCCGAGCCCACCAGCGCCGCCUCCGCGACGCCGUCCCCCGCGCAGCUGCUGUACUGGGCGGUGGCGCGCAGCCCCGCCGUGGCGGCGGCGGCGAAGGGCCGCAGGGCGCCGCGCGCCACCGACUCGCCCGCGGACGGCGCCGCGGGGGUGGACCGGCAGGCGGACGAGUUCAUCCGGCGGUUCUACGAGCAGCUCCGCGCGCAGAGGAGCGCCGCGUCCACCCCGGACUACUACGGCCACGCCGCCGGCGCCAGCCCCUACACCACCCCGCGCGCGCGGCGGCCCGUCGCCGCCGGCAUCGCCUAGUUCGAUCAAACGGCAGACGGCCAUCCUGCCGAGAACGAACGAAGUGCUCACCGUGCGCGGCCGCCGGCUGGCCGGCCGAUGAGCGAAGGCCCUUACUUUUAGGCCAGCUGCAUGAGGCCUGCCUGCCUCGUGUCCAACUUCAACCACCCCUGCUUGUACACCGCGACACCAUGCUUGCCAUCCAUCCCUUCACGUGUUUUGUGCGUGAAACUACCUUGAUCUUGUUCCUGUUGUCGUCUUCUUCUUUUUUCACUCUAGUUGAAUGAUGAUGGAGGGGUUUUAAACCAAAUCAUACCUUCUACUUA